AUGGAUAAGGAUACACUUGACACUUUGCUUUAUGUCUUGAAGAUAUUCGGAUUUAUUCUAGCUGGUGAAUCAGCUUUCCUCCUGAUCAUUUUCUUCCUUUUCCCGGAAAGAUUUCUCAAAAUAGGUUGGUGCAAUGAUUGUUGUGGUAAAUUGAUCGAAAUUUUCUGCUGCAGGUAUCCUGAAGAUUACCCUGAUAAAGUGUAUCCAUAUCAAAAUUAUUGUGGAAUUCUAGGCUGCAUAUGUGGAUGUGGAAUCAUACCAGGAAUCGUGCAAUGCAUUUGCGAAGAAAAUCCUAUCAAUAAGGGUAACUGGUUUAUGCAUUUUUUAUCAGCAGUUUCUCGAACAUUAUGCUGCUGUUGCAAACAUCAUCAAUACAGGCGAAAACACGAAACAGUAGAAACAACACCAUGCGAUGUAUGCUGUUUCAAUUGUUUAUGUUGCACUAAUGACAGAUAUUAUUGUUGUUGCGAGAAUAAUUACGGAGUUCCAGCCAGAGAAUACGGCUGCUGCGAUGCACCAAUAGCUAGAAGCAAUUGUAAUAAUUCAUGCAAAAAAUGCUGCAAUUUCUGCUGCUGUACGAGUGGAAAUUCAGCACAUUUCAAUAACACGGCCGCGGUGAGAAAAACUCUCACCUUAAGUUCUACUUUAAAUAUGGUGAAGAAACGGCCACAUAUUUCUGCUGCGCUGGUUGUACAUUAG